CAUAAAUAUUGCAACAACUUUCUGACUACAAUCACGCCUGCUCUCGAGCGUAGUUUCGUGGUACGUCGUGUUGUUUCGGUAAUUUCCGUUUUGAUUCGGUAAUUUCCGCUCGAUCUCCUUCCUGUGUUGAUCCCCCAGUAAAGGCACUCGGAGGCCAUUAUCCUCCAACCGUUUUCUUUUCUUUUAUGCCCGAAGGAAAAACACGUUUUGAUAAAUUAAUUAAUCGCUCGCCCGCGCAAGCGGAUAAAGCGCUCGCGGGACACCUGCAGCUUUACAAAUCGCGAGGGACGCGCGCCUCUCCUCGUCGAUCCUUCGGAUAAUUUCGGCUGCUCUCGUGCGCCGCUGUUGUGAAAUGGACGCGACCGAACCGGCGGCGAAAGCGCUGCAGCUGGGCGACGCGUCUGCGGGAGAGGCGGCGGGUUCGGAUACCGAAUCGGAGGCCGAAGUCGCCACGAUGACUGUGAUGGGAGAAGCGGCGAACAUCGACAUCACCGAAUCCCUACCGAACCCCGACGACGCCGAGACCGCGUUUGCAGAGGUGACCGCCGUGACUGUGGGCGACGUCCAGACUUCAGAAGACACGGUCUUCACCUCCACAGUCGCCACAGCAGCAUCCAUCCCCGAACAUGUGCUCACAGGCAGAACCACGCUUCAGAUCGGAGACAGUCUGAGUACCCAGAAGGCCACACUGAUCGUGGUGCACACGGACGGGAGCAUCGUAGACGCCACGGGGCUGAAGGGCACCGCCACACCCAUGACACCCGGCCCUCAAACCCCAAGCACCCCUCUGUCAUCUGGACACGAGAAGGACGUCUCUAAGUACAACUGGGAUCCGUCGGUUUAUGACAACGAGCUUCCGGUGCGCUGCAGGAACACCAGCGGGAUUCUGUAUAAAAACAGACUGGGCUCAGGGGGCAAAGGGCGCUGUAUCAAACACAACAGCAACUGGUACACCCCGACUGAGUUUGAGGGUAUGUCAGGGAGAGCGAGCAGCAAAGACUGGAAGAGAAGCAUCCGCUACGCUGGCCGACCUCUGCAGUGUCUCAUUCAGGAGCGUAUCCUGAACCCUCAUGCAGCGUCCUGUACGUGUGCUGCCUGCUGUGAUGAUCUGUCAACAGUGAGUGACACGUCUCCGAAGGACGCCUCUUUCGGGGGAGAGAAUAUCAUCAUGACGGGCCCCGUCAGACUGUUCGUCCCUUAUAAAAGAAGGAAGAAGGACAGCGAGCGGGCAGCUUCUCCCGAGAAGAAGGAAGUUCAGUCUCCGAAGAACAUCACCCUGGGUCCUGGAGCAACAUUUACAGUGACUCCGUCUGGACAGAUCACCACAUCAGGCACGCUGACCUUUGACCGAACGGCGUCAGGAGAGACGGCCAUCAUCUCCGACAGCCCAGCGCCCGCUGACGUCUUCACCAACACAACCGUGUUGACCAGUCUUCCAGCGUUGGCGGUGGUCCCUCAGCAGGCCGUGGUGCAGUCUAAACCCUCUCCGGCGGCGCCGCUCAUGAACGGGCUGGAGACGGUCGAGCAGCGCACGUGGUUUUAUCUGGAGGAGAUGGCCAAUACGCUGCUCAACAACGUCCAGCAACUCAAAGUCCUCAUCGCACAGGCCAAACAACAGGCCAUCAGCCCAGAGAAAAACAACAGCGUCAGGAAAGAGUCCUUUCAGAGUCAGUUAUCACUCGGUGAAGAACCUGAGGGGAAAAUCACGGAAAUUAUUAUUAAGCACACGUGUGUGAACUGCGGUCGAGAGGCGUCCAGCGAGUGUACGGGCUGCCGUAAGGUCCAUUACUGCUCCGGCUUCUGUCAGCGGAAGGACUGGAAGGAGCAUCAGCUGAGCUGCUGUCCUCCGGGAACCACCGUCAGCCUUCAGGAAGACGCUCAGAUGGCCGGGGUGGAGGUGGAGAAAGGUUGACAAGAGGUGAAAGGAUUGGCAAGUUCUGUCAGUACUGUACGGAGUACAUCGGUGACACGUCUCCCAGGAACCCGUGAAGAGGAUAAGUGCAUGUCUUAAUGUGACGGCUGCCCCCACUCUGCCUGCUGGACUAAAGUGAGGCUUACAUCAUAAUCGGAUUGGAGGAUUGGUGAGGAAUGAUUAGCCAAUGAGGGCCGGAGGAGUUCCUCGUUUCAGCACAUGUGGAAAGAGUGUUUGUAAUCACUCCUCUAAGCCCAGUUUAGAAGCGAGAGGCUAUUUUUUUUUUCAUCUUUGUUCGGUUUUUUAAAAUGGCAACACCUCUGACAGAGAAAAGAGAGAGCGGAGGGGUAAAUGCACAUCUGCGGUUUUGUUCUGGUGCAUUUUUUGGUUGAAUCAGAGCUACUAGAAAAUAAAUCCCUUGUUCCUUAUAAAGAAAACGUUAUAUUGUUUGCCUUCAAUUCCUUAAAUACAUUUAGACUGCCUAACUGAACGACUGCUACACAAAAGUGCUUAAAUUAAUCACUUAUUUAAAAAGCAUUUAAAACAAGCUCUAAAUAUACGAAAUAGUCUGUCAUGCUUAUUCUCUCCUUCAAACAAACAAAAUUAAGUUUUUUGCUAUAAAUUCAAAGUAGUUUUUGAGGUUAGAAUGUUGGUUUAGCCCAAAUUGCCUUUCAAUUAAUUAUUAUUAUUAUUAUUUUUUUAAAUCUUCCAAAAAUCUGCAGAUUAAAGACUAUAUAAAUGAUUUAAAGCCUAAAUGUUAAUACACUUUAAAUUCAGAGAAGCUCAAAGUAAUUUAAAGUAAAACAAUUUCACUUGAUCGCUGUUCGUUCAAGCUGUUUGUUGAAUAAUGAAAAUACUCAAAAUUCAACUCUAAAUUUGUUACGUUUAGAAGAUAAUAAGUUACAUGUAAAGUCUAAAUUUAUAUGUUUUUAAGUUUUUUUGGGGGCAGGUGUAUGACAUAAUUGAUUUGUUAAAUUAUAAAAUAAAAAUGUUUCAUUGGUAAUAAUAAUAAAAAUUACUAUUGCUAUUAUUAUUAAAAGGUUUUUUUAUAUAUAUAUAUAUAUAAAAGUACUCUAAAGUGCAUAGACCCAACAAAAUGAUAACACAAACAUUUUCAGCCUCAGACUAAUUUAAUAUGAAUAAUUUUAUACAUUUUUAAUGAUUAUAUUAACUACUUGUUGCAAACCUAAUCACAAGCUGAAAAUUCUACGACAAUAGUGAGACCAAAAAGUGAGUAAUGAUGCAAUUGUUUUGGGGUGAAGCUUUUAUAUUUAAUAUUUUACAUGUUUUAGAUAUUUUCGCUUUUAUGCCUUUAAUCAGUAGAUGAUUUGUUCAAUAAUAAAAUUCUUUUCUUUUUUUUUUUAUGAAAAGAUAACCAUAAAUUCACCAUCAUAAGCGUCCCAGAUGUUUUCUAUACUUGUAUUUCUGUAUACAGUGCAUUAUUUUCAUUCAGUUUUUCUCAUAGCGUUAUAUCCCAUCCCUCCUGUAUGUCUGGAUUAUGUCCGUACUUUUUUCUGCGCUGGAAGCUCCUCUUUUUAAGUGGCCUUGAACUGCCAGAACAUUCGUACCUUAAUAAAUGAA